AUGGACGACCACACACCACCCGGCGACACGCACGGCGGGCACGUCGAGCACGCCUACGCUGUGUCCCCUCCGCAUUUUGCCUUUGACGACGCGUUCUCCGAUGCCGACGAUGCCGAGGAGAGGCUCGAGUUCUCACCCGAGGCCAUUCGCGAAGAUAUCGCGAAGACGUUCACGAACCUCGACAAACACGUAGCACAGGACGAGGCAGAGGAUUUUGCGAGGAAGAUUGGCUUUGCUGUCGACUCAAAUACCUCGGUGUCGACGUUCGACAUUGACGCCGCGGCGUCCGAGCCGCGCUCGCCCGCAGCAUCCCCGCCGGGUAUGGUGCGCUCGAUGUCCACGGCUUCUCAUGUCACGUCGCUGGCGUCGCCGGGCUCUCUCUAUGACAUCCCUCUCUCGGAAAGCGCCUCUGGCCUCAGGAUAUCGGAUGAGCCGUCCUCUUACUUUCAUGAGCACGAUGCUGCCGAGCAAGUCCGAGACGCCAUCCCCGAGCGCAAGUCGUCCCCCAAGCCUGCUCAGGAACAUCCCCCUGUAGUGGUUGAGGUAAAGUCGGACCCCGUACAUGAAACAGACAACUACGUCGAGGUCGCACCACGUUCUGUCUCUCACGACGAGUUUCGUGCCCGAACCGUCUCGCCCCAACCCACCACCCCUCAAUCUGCAGCCAGUAUUGUCUCAUCUCUGUCCGCUGCCAGUAUCGCCUCUACAUCAACGUCUCACAUACCAACAUCAGCAUCUCUGCCCUCUCCUGCAUCCAAUGCAUCCAACGUAUCCAACAUGUCCAACAUGUCCAACAUGUCCACCACGUCGACCACUUCCGCCCCGUCUACAUUUCAACAUCGUCAAGUGCGUUCUUUGGGGCCCAGCGCCCUCGACAGAUUCAUCAGCCAUACCCGCCCCUCGUUCCUCCCGCCCAAGCCGCGGACAGAGGACAAGAAGCACUUGGCCGACUGGGAGGCAAUGAUGAAACGCAGCAGAGUCGCCGAGGAGAAGAGACGCAAAGCGCUGCAGGAACGGCGAUAUGCGCGAGAGAGGAAGAUCGAAGAAUCGAUCGGGAUCUGGGAGCGCGACAUCGUCCCGGACUGGACUGUCGUGCAGCGAAAUCCUGCGAUGAGAAAGCUCUGGUGGGGUGGAAUCCCGACCAAGCUGAGGGCGACUAUGUGGCAGAAUGCUGCUGGGAGGGCUGGAGCGUACAAGAACGGCCUUCUGCAGAAUCUGGUCCAUCUAGGCCAUGCCGCCAUCAUGCGCCCACAACCCCUCAGACGCAAUGCCCCUUGA